AUGGCUUCUUUUUUCAAUUCAUGGAGCCUUAACUUCUUAUUGAUUGCAUUAACAUCGACAUUGAUAGGCACAUCCAUGGCUAUAGGUUAUAGUACUCAAUUGCCCGUAUUUCGUCCAAGUCAAUGGCAUCUCGCUCAUGCCACAUUUUAUGGUGAUGAAACUGCCUCUGCGACAAUGGGAGGGGCUUGUGGGUAUGGAAAUUUGUUCCAAAAUGGAUAUGGAACGGACACAGCAGCAUUGAGCACAACAUUAUUCAACAAUGGGUAUGCAUGUGGGACAUGUUAUCAAAUAAAGUGUGUGCAAUCUCCUUGGUGCUAUAAAGAUGUGCCAUUUACUACAGUAACUGCUACGAACCUUUGCCCUCCAAAUUGGAGUGAAGACUCCAAUAAUGGGGGAUGGUGCAACCCUCCUCGAGUUCAUUUUGACAUGUCCAAACCUGCUUUCAUGAAAAUUGCCCAAUGGAAAGCUGGCAUCGUCCCAGUUAUGUAUCGCAGGGUACCAUGCAUAAGAAGUGGUGGGCUUAGAUUCACAUUCCAAGGAAAUGGGUAUUGGCUACUGGUAUAUGUGAUGAAUGUAGGAGGAGGUGGUGACAUUUCAGGUAUGUGGGUAAAGGGAAGUAAGACGGGAUGGAUAAGCAUGAGCCAUAACUGGGGAGCUUCUUAUCAGGCUUUUGCUAGUUUAGGAGGCCAAUCUUUAUCUUUCAAGAUUACUUCAUAUACAACAAAGCAGACUAUUUUUGCAUGGAAUGUUGCUCCUGCAAACUGGAAUGUAGGGUUGACAUAUAAGACAAAUGUCAACUUCCGUUGA